CACAUUUCAAAGUUGAUCCCUUGUUUGAAAAAUGGAUUCAGUCUUUUCUGUAAUUGGAUCAUAUGUGGAUUGGGAUGUCAGAAGUCUUCUGAUCUUCAUAGCGGUUUUCAUCCUCACCACAGAUUAUAUUAAGAACCGCCGGCCAGCCAGCUUUCCUCCAGGGCCUUUGGCUCUUCCAAUCGUGGGCAACAUGUUCUCUGUGGAUCACAACAAGGCCCAUGAGAGUAUGACACAGUUAGCAGGGAAGUAUGGAGAUGUGUACAGUCUGCGAAUGGGCCAGGAGUGGAUAGUGGUCUUAAAUGGGUAUGAGGUUUUAAAAGAAGCUCUUGUUACUCAAGGAGACAGUCUGGCAGACCGUCCAUCCCUCCCUUUGCAGAACGACAUAAGCAAUGGAUUAGGUGUAGUUUUCAGUAGUGGACACUUGUGGAAGCAGCAGAGGCGUUUUACGCUUUCAACCCUAAGAUACUUUGGUUUCGGCAGGAAGUCACUUGAACCUGUCAUCCUGGAUGAGUUUACAAAUUGUGCAAAAGACAUUCAAAGUUAUAAAGGCAAGCCCUUCAAUCCACGACUCAUCGUUGGCAACGCCGUCUCCAACAUCAUCUGCUCCUUGGUUUUUGGGCAUCGCUUUGAGUACAAUGAUCAGAGGUUCAAGCAACUGUUAAGCUGGUUUGAGACAGCACUCCAGCUUGAAGCCUCAAUUUGGGUACAGUUUUACAACUCAUUCCCUCUGCUGAUGAGACGUUUACCAGGGCCACAUCAGACCAUCCUGAACAUUUGGGAUAACGUGAGGGACUUCCUAAGAGAGGAGCUGAAGGAGCACAAACAAAACUGGGAUCCCUCUGACCUAAGAGACUACAUUGACUGCUACCUGAAAGAGAUUCAGACGAGUAAGGGGCAGGCUGACAACACUUUUGAGGAAGAAAACCUGUUAAUGUGUGUCCUGGAUUUGUUUGUGGCUGGCUCAGAGACUACAUCCACCACCCUUCGCUGGUCCUUCCUCUACAUGGCGAAGUACCCUGAGAUCCAGGAAAAGGUCCAGGCUGAGAUAGACAGAGUUAUAGGACAGUCUAGACAGCCAUCAAUGGACGAUCGUGUAAACCUGCCCUAUACUGAUGCUGUCCUCCAUGAGGUCCAGAGAAUAGGCAACAUAGCUCCUCUCAGCCUGCCUCACAUGAACAACAAGGAUAUCCAGCUGGGAGGAUACACUGUCCCAAAGGGAUCUACAAUCAUCACAAAUUUGACUUCAGUCCUGUUUGAAAAGAAUCAGUGGGAAACACCCAACACCUUCAACCCAGGACACUUCCUGAACGAGGAGGGCAAGUUUGUGAAGCCAGCUGCUUUCAUGCCUUUCUCUGCAGGUAAGCGGCUAUGCCUUGGUGAGAACCUGGCAAGGAUGGAGCUUUUCCUCUUCUUCACCUCCUUCAUGCAGCACUUCACCUUCUCCAUGCCUGCAGGGGUGGAGCCUGUGACCGACUACCUCUACGGUGUAACUCUGGCACCAUGGCAGUAUGAAAUCUGCGCCACCUCACGUUAAGAGAAGCUCUCACUGACAGAAAACGGUCAAAAGCAAUAAUCUUUGUUUUUUUUGUUGGCCUCAAUUAUGAUUAUGUGAUUGGAUUAUUCCAACUGAUACUUUGCUUUCUUUUUUAAUACCCUGCAUGAUAGUUAGUAAUGAUAUUUCUUUGAUGCUGCUAUGAGAAAUUCAGAAUGACAAAAAGCUAACCGUGACCUCUUGUGAUUGUGACAAUGUUUUAGGGUUUAGAGAAUAAUUCAUUCGCCCUGGCUUAAAUUAUUAAAACAUUGAAUGAGCCCCACUGCCAAUAUCUCUUUAAGAGUUAACUGAGGUGACUUGUUUUUUUAGUUUGGUUGAGCUUGGAUUAAAUGCCUUUUUAUGACAUUUUCAAAGAUUACACGAAACAUUUUGCAUAAUUAUGUCCUUGAAUAUUAGCAGCAUCCCACUUUCAAAGGGCAGGAUUCUUUGACGGACCCAGCCUUGGUACACAUAACUUAACAACCUUCACCAAGAUUUGGAGAUAAAAAAGAAGUCUUGAAACUUGAAUUUAACAUUUGUGAAGAUCACUAUUGAGUUGGAACCAAAUGUUAUUUUUUAACAUUGUAUUACUCAGCCGCUUGAGAGUCUGCCUUCUUGUUUAACUUGUCAUGCACCUGAUCCAUCCUCCAUGUGCCUAGGAAAUGUAGGAUAAAUUUGUCGACCACAUUAGGAGCCUUUGAUGGGCCGCUGUGCAGUUAUCAGUCUUUGGAUGCAUCCUUUGGAGGAUGCAGCCCCUGAAUUGGGAAACAGCUAAUCUUAUAGGUUGAAAGUGAAUAAAAUUAAACCCCCUUAGUACCAGAUUAGAUACAGAAAUGCCACUGCACAUCAAAACCGUACAGCAAAGUAACCUGAUAUUCAGAAUAUUCACGAUGGACUUAGAG